AUGGCAAAUCUCACUGAAUUAGAAAUUUAUCAAAACUUGAUUCACGGUGCCAUUCCCUCUGGAAUAGGAAAGCUCAAGCAGUUGGUUGCUCUAGAUUUGAGCAAUAAUUCCCUCAACUAUCACUCAAUUAACAAGUUUGAAAAUCUUGAAAUUGGACAUCAACAGAGGGCAGCAUCAUCCACCACACCUGAUCUCAAACAUGGCCACAUAUUCAAGAUUUGGAACUUCGAUGGCAACAUCGCCUAUCAAGAUAUCAUCCAAGCAACACAAGACUUUGACAUCAGAUACUGCAUCGGAACUGGAAGAAGAGACCCUCCUAUUCUACACAGACACAUUUCAAGCAGCAACAUACUCUUGGAUUCAGAGUUUGAAGGUAGUUUAUCGGAUUUUGAUACAGCUAGAUUGUUGGAUCUACAUUCAUCCAAUCAGACUCUACUAGUCGGGACUCGAGGCUAUAUUGCACCAGAGUUGGCCUUCACAAUGGUGGUUACAGAAAAAUGUGAUGCAUACAGCUUCGGAGUUUUGGCAUUGGAAGUCAUGUUUGGAGAUCAUCCAGGGGAUUUCAUUUCCUCCAUGACGAUGGUGAAGAGAUCCACGCAGUUUGCUCCAAACAUGAUGGUGCAACAACUCAUGGACAAGAGGCUACCAUCUCUAGACGAAGAUGUAAGAAUGUCGAGGAAAAUGCAUAAGCUGUGA